AUGAUUAGUAUGCGUUAUUUUACUGUCUCCAUUCUCUUCGCCUUUGGGUUUGCGGCCCCAAUUGCCCAUGAAGGCUCUCAUGACUCAAUUAUAUCCAGAUCUCCCACAAACAUCUACCCUGGCAUUGGUCUUGCUGGAGAUGACCUUGAGAAGCGCACAAAUAUCUAUCCUGGUAUUGGUCUUGCUGGCGAUGAUCAUGAGAAGCGCACCAAUAUCUAUCCCGGCAUUGGUCUUGCUGGCGAUGACCUUGAGAAACGCACCAAUAUUUACCCAGGGAUUGGUCUUGCGGGUGAUGAUCUUGACAAGCGCACCAAUAUUUACCCAGGGAUUGGGCUUGCGGGUGAUGAUCUUGAGAAACGUACCAAUAUCUAUCCCGGCAUUGGUCUUGCGGGUGAUGACCUUGAGAAGCGCACCAAUAUUUACCCAGGGAUUGGGCUUGCUGGCGAUGAUCAUGAGAAGCGUACCAAUAUCUACCCUGGUAUUGGCCUUGCCGGAGAUGCCGACAACUAA